UUGUGUUGAAAUUCCGUUACACUAAAUAGAAAAUGAAAAUUAUUUCCAGUCUUACUCAAGAUUCCAUUAAGUUUGGUUUCAAAAAUAUUGACAAACAUUGAAUCAAUAAUUUUCCCACUGAAUAUCUUAUAUAAGGAUUAUUCGCAAUGACAGGAUACAUUAGAAAACCAACCGUGACAUCAGCACCAAACUUUAAUGCCGCUGAGGAUGGUGUAGCUCUUCGAACUGCUAUGAAAGGCUUUGGAACUGAUGAACAAGCUAUUAUUGACAUUUUGACAGCUCGCAGUAAUGCUCAGAGGCAGGAAAUUGCAAAAUUUUUCACCCAGGAAUACGGACGGAAUUUAAUUGACGACCUAAAAAGUGAAUUGGGAGGCAAAUUUGAAGAUGUCAUAAUAGCUUUGACAGUAACACCUGUUGAUUUUAUGGCUAAACAACUUCAGAAAGCUAUGGCAGGAAUAGGAACUGAGGAGGAGACACUCGUCGAAAUUCUUUGUUCGCGAGAUAAUAAUGAAGUGAAAGAAAUUGUUGAUGCAUACGAAAGACUGUACGAUCGUCCAUUAGCCGAACAUUUGUGUAGCGAGACUUCUGGAGAUUUUAGAAGACUAUUAACUCUGAUUGUGACGGGAGUGAGGAAUGCACAAACCGAAGUCCAUCCAGAACGUGCGAGAGAAACAGCUGAGAUGCUUUAUAAUGCCGGAGAGGGAAAACUUGGUACCGACGAAGAAAUAUUCAAUAAAAUUUUAGCACACGAAUGUUUUGGACAACUGAAACUUAUUUUUGAGGCCUACAAGGACGUUAGUGGAAGAACCAUCGAGCAAGCAUUAAAUGAUGAGAUUAGUGGUGAACUGAAAGAUGCAAUGUUGGCCAUAGUGGAAUGUGUGCAAAGUCCACCAGCAUUUUUCGCUAAAAAGUUACGUAAAGCAAUGGAAGGCGCGGGAACUGAUGAUCAAACUCUAAUUAGAAUUAUCGUCAGUCGUUCAGAAAUUGAUCUCGGAAAUAUUAAGGAAGAAUACGAGAGGCUUUUCGACAAAACCCUGGAAUCAUCAGUUAAAAAUGAAACAUCUGGUGAUUAUAAGAGAGCUUUGAUUGCACUAAUCGGAGGAGCUUAAUUUAAAUAAAAUUCUCCAGAAGAACAAUUCAAUUUUCAUUUACAAAAA